AUGGUGAACACAGAUUCACAAUGCAUGUUCAUUGACCUUGAACUGGGCGGUAUCACUGGUUUUGAUAUAAUAACAAAUUGGAAAAAACAACUGUACAUUCACACAAACCAACUUAGUAGAAUCUGGGUGAUCAUGUUUGCCUCAUUAAAAGGAUUAUCUGCAAUCGUAACCGGAGGAUCAUCAGGACUUGGGCUGGCUACAACUAAAAAAUUAAUUGCUGAAGGGUGCAAUGUGUUAGUUUGUGACUUACAAAAGUCUCCUGUGUUAUCAGAACUAGGCAGUAAUUGUGUUUAUUGUGAAACAGAUGUUAGCUCGGAAUCUGAUGCAAUAAAAGCUGUAGAUUUGGCCAAGAAAAAUUUCUCAAAACUCCAUAUUCUGGUUAAUUGUGCUGGAUCGGCAGUGGCCUGUAAAACAUUUAAUAUCAAACGGCGACAACCUCAUCCACUGGAUUUAUUCGAGAACAUAAUAAAGACUAACCUUAUCGGUACUUUCAAUAUGAUUCGACUUGCAUCUGGUUUAAUGUUAGCGAAUGAACCAGACGCUGAUAAUCAACGUGGUGUAAUAAUUAAUACUGCGAGUAUUUCAGCAUAUGAAGGUCAAGUUGGACAAGCUGCUUAUUCCGCAAGUAAAGGUGGAAUUGUUGGUCUUACACUGCCAGUUGCUCGUGAUCUUGCACGAGAAGGGAUUCGGUGUGUUUCCAUUGCUCCAGGAUUAUUUGAUACCCCAUUACUUAACGCCGUGCCAAAUGCAGAAUUGUUGAAAAAGCUUUCAUUAAACCCGAAUCGUAUAGGUAAACCUGAAGAAUUUGCAAAACUUGUUGAAUCUAUCAUCUGUAAUCCAAUGCUUAAUGGGACAGUAAUUCGAUUGGAUGGAGGUGUACGUAUGCCUCCUUAA